AUGAGCUCCGGGGUCGCCCUGCGGCUGCGGACACUCCAGCGACACCUGGGCUCCCCGGAGGGCAGAGGCAUGGAGCCGGGCAGCAGCCCGCUGACCACACACGUACUGGACACUGUCUCAGGGCUUCCGGCCGAGGUCCUCUGCCUCCAUCUGUCCAGGCUCGAGGACCAUGGCCAGCAGUGGACCGAGCUGAGGAAAAGCUACACGGACCAUGACGGCCACUGCCCUGGGCUCCUGCUGCCAGGCCAGAUGAAGGCGGGCACCUACAAGCUGGCCUUUGACACUGAGGGCUACUGGCAGAAGCGGGGCCAGGAGAGCUUCUACCCAUACGUGGAGGUCAUUUUCACCAUCACAAACGAGACCCACAAGUUGCAUGUUCUGCUGCUGCUGAGCCCGUGGUCUUAUACCAUGUACCGAGGGAGCUAG